AAAUGUUCAUUUCUGGAGCUGAUUUUUGCGCACAAGUUGUAGUUUUUUUUGUUCAGCACGCAAAAAACAAAAGGAGUCCAUGUGGACGCGCGAGGAGGCGCAGCCAUGUAGUGCCAUCAUUUACUGGAAACGAAGCGCGCCCUGGAGCCGGACACUGCAGCAGUGACGUUGAACUUCACUGACUGACUGACAAGGUCUUAUUGAAAUAAAACAUUCAGUCAGCUCCGCGCGCGGACACUUUUUUUGCAAAGCAGGGGAGGCGUGGAUCUCCCUCACUUUUGACAUUCUCGUGGCCGUGGUAGAUUCUCCUCGAGGCACGACUCAGAUGACACCACCACCCCGCCAGCGAUGAUCGGAGGAGAACCAAACGGAAGCUCGUUCUUUCUUCCCUCCCUCCCUCCCUCGUGCGUCUUUAUUUUGACACCGGAGCGCGUCUUGCGGGGUUCCGCGAAGUAGAUCGGAACUUUUGAGGGAGUUGUUUGCGUGUUCACAGUAGCUGCGGGAAUCCUCUGCGGGGAAAAAAAAGCAAAGCGCAUGAGCCACGGAGCGCCACUGGUGGAAUGUAGUUGGAGCGAAAAAAGCGCAUUUUUUUCUCUUUUUUUUGGCGCACGAUCCAUUUCGUCGUGUGCAGCCUUCUCCUGCUUUCUGUGCGGUUGGAAGGCAGAGGAGGGGGAGGAAGAGGAGGGGAGGAGAAGGAGGAGGAGGGACGGCUUUUAACGACCUGAUUUCUUGCCUAUGGACGACGGCGGUCCCCUUUCUCCAAAGGCAAAUGCUUUCAGUAUUGCCUCUCUGAUUUCGGCUGCAGAGCGAGCAGGAAACGCAGCGCCUGACAAACACAGCACCGGCCUGGACAAGCCAGACCUGCACAAGCACAGUUCCUUUAAAAUGCACUACAGCACUGUCACCAGGGAAAUGGAAGCCUUCACGACGAACAGCCUGAGCAGCCUCAACACGCCGGGGGGCUACCAUCUCUCCCCGUCCCCCGGGGACCCUUACAGCCAGCAUGAGUCCCACUUCGAGCCCUGCCCGGCCACCCAGCACACCUACAGCUACCCGGGGUCCAACUCGGGCCCGGCGCAGCCGAGCGACGCCGGGACCUGCUCGUCGUCGUCCUCCAGCUCCACGCCGAACAGCAAAAGCAUGGUGAAAAAGAACCCCAAGGUGGCCAAUAUUAACGUGCAGCUGGAGAUGAAAGCUUUGUGGGACGAGUUUAACCAGCUGGGAACGGAGAUGAUCGUCACCAAAGCGGGCAGGAGAAUGUUUCCGACUUUUCAAGUGAAAAUAUUUGGGAUGGAUCCUAUGGCGGACUACAUGCUCCUAAUGGACUUCCUGCCUGUAGAUGACAAACGCUACAGGUAUGCUUUCCACAGCUCGUCGUGGCUGGUGGCGGGGAAAGCGGAUCCGGCCACACCGGGCAGGGUUCAUUACCACCCGGACUCUCCGGCCAAAGGCGCGCAGUGGAUGAAGCAGAUCGUCUCUUUCGAUAAACUCAAGUUAACUAACAACCUGCUGGAUGACAACGGACAUAUCAUUCUGAACUCCAUGCACCGCUACCAGCCCAGGUUCCAUGUGGUCUACGUGGACCCGCGCAAGGACAGCGAGAAGUACGCCGAGGAGAACUACAAAACCUUCGUUUUUGAGGAGACCCGCUUCACGGCCGUCACAGCUUACCAGAACCACCGGAUUACGCAGCUGAAAAUCGCCAGUAACCCCUUUGCGAAAGGCUUCAGGGACUGUGACCCGGAGGACUGGCCCAGGAAUCACAGGCCAGGCUCUCUGCCAAUAAUGAGUGCCUUUGCCAGGACAAGAAACCCAAUGUCAUCCCCCCCUCAGCAAAACGGCACAGACAAAGAAGACAGCAGACGGGAGUACGAGCGAGACCCCAGCGGCACCCCCCUACACGCAGACCCAGCUCACCAGCUCAUGUCCCGCGUCCUCAGCCCCGCCCUGCCCGUCCCAGGGGGCCUCCACGCCGUCCCGCUUUCCGGCGGCCGACCCAGCCCCCCUCACGACCUCCGGUCGGACCCCCACCCCUUACCCCCGGACACCCUCCACCACCACCCAUACAAGUACCCCAACACUUACGAACACUAUCUAGGAGCCAAGACCAGGCCGUCGCCGUACCCCUUACCCAGCAUCAGAGGACACACGUAUCAUCACCACAUGAAUCCCGCCACGGCCAACAUGUACUCAGCCACCAGCGGGCCCUCAAACUAUGACUACGGGCCCAGAUAAUGACUGUCGCCGCAGGGGACUGUGGAAGGGGGGGACCUCCGUUCUGCUGGAUAAACCCCGACGUAUUUAUUUAAAGGAAUUGUGUCUUCCUGUGAAGCGCAGACCCUUGAGGAGGAGGUCGGAUCUGACCUUUGAACUCAGCUUCUACCUGAGCAGACACAAAGACAAGAGGACGCUCUCCUUAACACGGACAAUACUUUUCACCACAGACUGAUUUUUUUUUUUGUUUUUUUUUGGACGCACUUUUUGAUUUGCAUUGUUUUUAUUAUAUUGCUUUCAAAAAAGCCAUAUGUCAUAUAGUCCCAUCAACAAGGUAGACGAGAUGUUUGCAUGCUGAGCUCAUCAUGUUGAAACAGAUCAACAUGUUUUGGCGUGAGAUUAAAAAAAAGAAGAAAAAAAAGCAGAUUCUGAACAUCUUGAGCUGCUCUGAGACGCUUGUACCAUGGCACUGACUUGCAGCAAUUCUACGCAAAUAAAUGAAGCCGAAUGACUUUUCUGUAUCUGUAAAAUAAACAUUAAAUUCUUGUAAUUCAUAA